UAAUUAUUUUUUCAGUUAUAAAUCUUUCUUUUUUGGAGGUAUAUCUAGCAAAAUGUAAUAACUUUUGGUUUCCAAUUGAUUUAGUUUGUAUAGUUAUAAAUCAACUCAUCUCGUUUUGGAACUGAUUUUUGCUUGCAUCUAGUGGCUCCUCAUAAUACCCCACAAGUCCCUAUAACUUUAAAUUGAUAAGAAGGUUGUGGCUCCCCAUAGUUUUGGAACUAUGUUUACUUAUGCAUCUAGUGACAACUAUUAUUUAUGAUAACGUUUAUUUUUAAAUGAUGUGAUGGUUAAUUGAUUUUGCAGCAACUUCAUAGAUCAUGUUCAACGAAAUAUCCCUUAAACUAUUGACCCGUUACUAUUGACCCAUUCCACACCGGAAAACCAGGGCAGAUUGCCAUUGUCUGCAACUUUAUAACACAACCAUUUGUGUUGUGGUAGUCAUAGUCACUAAGAGUAAAUAACUAACAAUGAGAAUUACAUUAGUUUCAAUGUUUUCCUUCCUUCUCUACAUUUAUAUCAGUUUCCAAAUCACCUUUGCCUCAGCCAAAUGUCUAGAGUAUGAACAAUCAUUGCUACUCCAAUUAAAGAACAGUCUCAUUUACAAGCCAGAACGUUCAACCAAGCUGAAGUUGUGGAAUCAAACCAUUGCAUGCUGCAGUUGGAAUGGUGUAAAAUGUGACAGUAAGGGAUUUGUUAUUGGUCUUGAUCUGAGUGCAGAAUAUAUCUUUGGUGGAUUUGAAAAUUCAAGUAGUCUUUUUAGUCUCCAACAUCUUCAGAAAUUGAACUUGGCUGAUAACAAUUUCAAUGCUGUCAUUCCAUCAGGAUUCAGAAAGUUGGAGAAAUUGACAUAUCUGAAUUUGUCAUAUGCUGUCUUUAAGGGACAGAUUCCUAUCGAGAUUUCUCAGCUUACAAGGUUGGUAACUCUUGAUAUCUCUUCUCCUAGUUAUUUAACAGGACAAGAGCUAAAACUUGAGAAACCAAAUCUACAGAGACUUGUCCAAAAUUUGACCAGUCUUACGCAACUGUAUAUUGAUGGUAUAAUCAUAACAGAUCAUGGACAGAAAUGGAGCAAUUCUUUGUUGCCAUUGCAUGACCUGCAAGAAAUGAGCAUGUCUUAUUGUAAUCUAACAGGACCCCUUCAUUCUUCUCUAACAAAACUAGAGAACCUAUCAGUCAUUAUUCUUGACGGGAACAAUUUUUCAUCUUCAGUUCCAGAAACAUUUGCCAAUUUUAAAAAUCUGACCACCCUUAGUCUACAAAAUUGUGGAUUGGUAGGUACAUUUCCACAAAAGAUCUUUCAAAUUGGAACAUUGUUAAAUAUUGACUUAUCGUUCAACUACGAUCUCCAUGGUUCAUUUCCAGAAUUUCCAUUGAGUGGAUCUAUCCAGACUUUAAGGGUAUGUAACACAAGCUUCUCUGGAGAAUUUCCACACACAAUUGGUAACAUGAGACACUUAUAUAAAUUGGAUCUUUCUAAUUGUCAAUUUAAUGGAACACUCCCCAAUUCUUUGUCAAACCUCACACAACUUAGUUACUUGGAUUUGUCAUCUAACAGCUUCACAGGUGCAAUGCCAUCAUUUCGCAUGGCCAAAAACCUUACCCGCAUAGACCUUUCACAUAAUCGUUUAAGUGGUGUAAUUUCAUCAUCUGAUUACUUUGAAGGACUGCACAAUCUUGUCAGCAUUGACUUGCGUGAUAAUUCUAUCAAUGGCAGUAUUCCUUCAUCCCUUUUUUCACUCCCGUUACUGCAAGAUAUUCUCCUCUCACUCAACCACUUUAGUAAAGUAGAAGAAUUCACAAUCAUGUCUUCCUCUGUAUUAAAUAUGCUUGAAUUAAGUAGCAAUGACCUAGCAGGGCCUUUUCCAACAUCUAUCUUCCAACUCAGUUCGCUUUCUGUCCUUGAUCUUUCCUAUAACAAGUUCACUGGAUCCCUGCAGCUAGAAAAACUUUUUGAGCUCAGAAGUUUAACUUCACUAGACCUAUCAUACAACAACUUCUCAGUCAAUGUGAAUGUUGCAAAUGCUGAUCUGUCUUCUCUUCCCAAUAUUAGUACUCUAAAUUUGGCAUCUUGCAACCUGAAAACUUUUCCUAGUUUCUUGAGAAACAAAUCCAUAAUAACCAUUCUAGACCUUUCAAACAAUCAAAUUCAAGGAAGAGUGCCGAACUGGAUCUGGAAGCUACAAGUUCUUCAAACCCUUAAUCUUUCUCACAAUAUGCUUACUUAUUUGGAAGGACCAUUGCAAAACCUCACUUCCAACUUGAUAAGCCUUGACCUUCAUAACAACCAAUUGAAAGGGCCAAUACCUGUUUUUCCAAAAUAUGCUUCCUAUUUGGAUUACUCAACGAACAAAUUUGGUUCUGUUAUUCCGCAAGAUAUUGGUAACUACCUGACUUUCACAACCUUUCUGUCGCUUUCAAAUAAUACUUUACAAGGAAGUAUCCCUAAUUCCCUCUGCAAUGCUUUAAAUCUUCAAGUGCUUGAUAUUUCCAUUAAUAACAUUUCUGGAACAAUUCCUUCAUGUCUAAUGAAUAUGACUCAAACCCUUGUGGUAUUAAAUCUGAGAAUGAACAAUCUCAUUGGUACUAUCCCAGAUGUGUUUCCACCUUCUUGUGCUCUAAGGACUCUUGAUCUCCAAAAAAAUAACUUAGAUGGACAGAUUCCAAAAUCUCUUGUGAAGUGCUCAGCACUAGAAGUGUUAGACCUUGCUAAUAACAAUAUUGUUGACAGAUUUCCAUGUUUGUUGAAGAAGAUAUCUACACUUCGUGUCCUAGUCUUGCGCAAAAACAAGUUCUAUGAUCCCAUUGAAUGUCAGGCAACCGAAGACACUUGGCGUAUGCUUCAGAUAAUUGAUCUAGCUUUUAACAACUUCAGUGGUAAACUACUAGGAAACUUCUUCACACAGUGGGAGGCAAUGAUUUCUGAUCAAAACCAAUUUGAUUCGAAGGCAAAUCAAAUCCGAUUUGAGGUUCUUCAUUAUGGCCAACUAUAUUAUCAAGAUUCAGUGACACUUACAAGCAAAGGUCAACAACUGGAGUUGGUUAAAAUUAUGUCAAUCUACACAACCAUUGAUUUGUCAUCCAAUCUUUUUGAAGGAACGAUACCAAAGGUGUUGAUGGACUUCAAAGCACUUUAUCUUCUCAACUUUUCAAACAAUCGUCUCUCAGGUGAAAUCCCAUCUUCGAUAGGGAACUUGAAACAAUUAGAAUCCUUAGACCUCUCAAAUAACUCUUUUGUUGGUGAAAUUCCUAUGCAACUUGCAAGCUUGUCAUUCCUUUCUUACUUGAACCUUUCCUUCAAUCAUUUGGUCGGGAAGAUCCCAGCAGGUACUCAACUUCAGUCAUUUCAAGCAACUUCCUUUGAAGGAAAUGAUGGGCUAUAUGGACCUCCAUUGAGUAAAAUACCAGAUAGUAAAAGGCAGGAUGAGCUACACCCUCAACUUUCAUGUGGAAGGCUAGCUUGUUCAAUUGACUGGAAUUUUUUAAGUGUAGAAUUGGGAUUUGUUUUUGGGCUCGGAAUUGUCAUUGGUCCUCUCAUGUUUUGGAAGAAGUGGAGAAUAAGGUAUUGGAAACUUGUGGAUAAAAUUAUUUGCUGGAUCUUUUCAAGGAUGCAUCUUGAAUAUGUAACCCACAGAGGACAAACAUACAUCGUUUUAAGGAGGCAUUAGUGACUAAUGUGUGUGGUAAUUUGCAAAGUAGUAUUUUAUAUUUCCAACUCUGUUAUCUUAUAAGUGUGGAUUGGAAAUUGUCAUUGGUCCCCUCAUAGUGACAUUAGUGACUAAUGAGUGUGCUAAUUAGUAAAAGUGUUUUCUAUUUAUAAAUAUAUAUGUUGUUCAUUAUGUAUACUUCUUUGUGAUAAUAUGUUCCAAAUCUUUGAAGAGAUUGUAUUAAAUAAAAUAGCUUCACUUGGACCUGUUCAAAUAUUA